UGCCUAUGAUUCUUGGGAAAUUAGCAUAAUUGGUUUUCCUCCCAGACUUUUCCUGGAGAUUGAGGAUAUUGAAUGUUUGGGAGGGAGGUGUGUGUUUCUGACAAAUAGGUGGUGUCUUUUUUUCCUCGCUGAGAAAGGCUUUGAGAAGGAUCUGCUGUAAUAGUUUAGGGGUGACACUGUCGAGCUGUGCUGCCAGACUUCGCGACCUUCUUCAAAGAGGGAAACGCUGGAAGGUUUGGCCACCUUUAGAUUUGAUUGAUAGGCUUCCAGCGUUCAAAAACGCGCUUGUGUUUUUAAGGGUUUCGGAUAAAGGCUAGUAUUUAUCGGCUUCUCUUUGCAAGCCAAAGUUGAACAUCUGCUCCCCUUACGCUGUUUAGAGUAAUCAUUGAAUUCCAGAAAAUAAAUUUCUAUUUUCUUCCAACGAAUGUCAAUGCCAGUGAGCUGUGUGAUUGUGCAGAAUGUUGAAGACAGAUUGGGGAAGCUUUUUGAAGUUGUAGGGUCAUUAAAUUUCUUUGCUUAUUGUUGGAGGCUGCUAAUCAAUUACUUUUAAAAAGACGUUGAUGGGGACCUGUGCCAUACCCGGUGAUUAAAUUAUUUAACAGUUUGCAGAUGAGGUGACAGUAGUGCAUAACUCAGUGGACUUUGCUUUUUAUAUGCAAGUCAAACAUGGUGGUAGCGCAUAAUCUUGACCUUUUUUAUGUAUAGAGGCAACAUAUUACUGCACUCUAAAAUUAACUUCUUAAGGAUGAGAUUUUCCUGGUGAGUUUCCAUUUAUUGGAACACAAAGAUUCUGAGUUUUAUCUCAUUAUUUGGUACAGAAAGGAAAGUUCUUGAUAUUGAAAAUGAAGAUUUUGUGUUUUAUCUUUAAAUGUUGUGAUAUCAGAGUUAUUAGGCAUGAUCUUGAUAACUUCUAUGUACUAUGGAGGAGAUUUUUUUUCCCAGAGUAACUGCGUCUAUAAAGGCAUUGUGUUAGGUAUGAUGUUUAAUUCUCAAAACCCUGUUUGGGAAACAUUCCCAUUUUAGAGCUGAGAAGGCUGAGACUCGCAUGUUAAAUCGCUUUUAACAGUUACAGAACAGCUAAGGAGGGAGCUGAACUUGAACCUAGGACUAUCUGGUUGUAAAACCCUCCUUCAAAGAACUUUAGUAUCAAUCAAAAGGGACGCAGCUCUGAUGUAGAGCAUUGCAAAUACCUUUUGUUUUGGAGAACCUCCCCACAAACCCCAGAAGACGGUUGCAUUCUUACCUGAGUUAGAUGAUGUUGUUUUCCGAGUAUUUAUCUUCUAAGACUGUGAUGAAGAGGAUGGACAUGUAAAAUUCUGAGGUCUUAGUUUCCUCCUGUUUCAAUAGUCAACCAGAACAAUGUUCUACGCACAUUUUGUCCUCAGUAAAAGAGGGCCACUGGCCAAAAUCUGGCUUGCGGCCCACUGGGAUAAGAAGCUAACCAAAGCCCAUGUGUUUGAGUGUAAUUUAGAGAGCAGUGUGGAGAGCAUCAUCUCACCAAAGGUGAAGAUGGCACUCCGAACAUCAGGACAUCUCUUACUGGGAGUAGUUCGAAUCUAUCACAGAAAAGCCAAAUACCUCCUGGCAGAUUGUAAUGAGGCAUUCAUUAAAAUAAAGAUGGCUUUUCGGCCAGGUGUUGUUGACCUGCCUGAGGAAAAUCGAGAAGCUGCGUACAAUGCCAUUACUUUACCUGAAGAAUUUCAUGAUUUUGAUCAGCCACUGCCUGACUUAGAUGACAUUGAUGUGGCCCAGCAGUUCAGCCUGAACCAGAGUAGAGUGGAAGAGAUAACCAUGAGAGAAGAAGUUGGAAACAUCAGUAUUCUACAAGAAAAUGAUUUUGGUGACUUUGGAAUGGAUGAUCGUGAGAUAAUGAGAGAAGGCAGCGCUUUCGAGGAUGAUGACAUGUUAGCAAGCACUGGUGCUUCUAACCUCCUAUUAGAGCCUGAGCAGAGCACCAGCAAUCUUAAUGAGAAAAUUAACCAUUUAGAAUAUGAAGACCAAUAUAAGGAUGACAAUUUUGGAGAAGGAAAUGAUGGUGGUAUAUUAGAUGACAAGCUGAUAAGUAAUAAUGAUGGUGGUAUCUUUGACGACCCCCCUGCCCUGUCUGAGGCAGGGGUGAUGUUGCCAGAGCAGCCUGCACACGAUGAUAUGGACGAGGAUGAUAACGUGUCAAUGGGUGGGCCUGAUAGUCCUGAUUCAGUGGAUCCUGUCGAACCAAUGCCAACUAUGACUGAUCAGACAACGCUUGUUCCAAAUGAAGAGGAAGCCUUUGCUUUGGAACCUAUUGAUAUCACUGUCAAAGAAACAAAAGCCAAGAGGAAGAGGAAGCUCAUUGUUGACAGUGUCAAAGAGUUGGAUAGCAAGACAAUUAGAGCCCAGCUUAGUGAUUAUUCUGACAUUGUUACUACUUUGGAUCUGGCACCACCCACCAAGAAAUUGAUGAUGUGGAAAGAGACAGGAGGAGUGGAAAAACUCUUCUCUUUACCUGCUCAGCCUUUAUGGAAUAACAGACUACUGAAGCUUUUUACACGCUGUCUUACACCACUAGUACCAGAAGAUCUUCGAAAAAGGAGGAAAGGAGGAGAGGCUGAUAAUUUGGAUGAAUUCCUCAAAGAAUUUGAAAAUCCAGAGGUUCCCAGAGAGGACCAGCAGCAGCAACAUCAGCAGCGUGAUGUUAUCGAUGAGCCCAUUUUGGAAGAGCCAAGCCGCCUCCAGGAGCCGAUGGAGACCAGCAGGACAAACUUGGAUGAGUCAGCCAUGCCCCCGCCGCCACCUCAGGGAGUUAAACGAAAAGCGGGACAAAUUGACCCAGAACCUGUGAUCCCUCCUCAGCAGGCAGAGCAGAUGGAAAUUCCUCCUGUAGAGCUGCCCCCAGAAGAACCUCCAAAUAUCUGUCAGUUAAUUCCAGAGUUAGAACUUUUACCAGAAAAGGAAAAAGAGAAGGAGAAGGAGAAAGAAGAGGAUGAAGAGGAGGAGGAUGAAGAUGCUUCAGGAGGUGAUCAGGAUCAAGAGGAAAGAAGGUGGAACAAAAGGACCCAGCAGAUGCUUCAUGGUCUUCAGCGAGCUCUUGCUAAAACUGGAGCUGAAUCUAUCAGUUUGCUUGAGCUGUGCCGAAACACGAACAGAAAGCAAGCUGCAGCAAAGUUCUACAGCUUCUUGGUUCUUAAAAAGCAGCAAGCCAUCGAGCUGACCCAGGAAGAACCAUACAGUGACAUCAUUGCCACGCCGGGACCGAGGUUCCACAUUAUCUGAGCAGCUGCCGCGCCGGUGCUACUGUUCCUUGCACUAGUGUGCACGGCACGCAAAACCCUUCUGGAAAAUUUAAUUUUUGUCUGUACAAAGUCUCUGCCUUCUUUUCAUUUUUUCCAGUAUUUUAAAUUUACCCAUUUCCUCUUAAAGCAGAACUGCUUGUAUGGUGUUUGUAUUCUGGUGGAGAAAGCAAGCACCCCAGAACAGAUGUGUGCAAUAUUGGCGCAUACAAUUGAGUAGCAGCAGAAGGUUGGGGUUUUUAUCUUAGUUCUCCAUUAUAAAGGAGAACGUUUCAGGAAAAAAACACCUGACAGUUAAGAACAGCAGUGUGACUCUUUGACAGAAAUUGUCUUUUCCCAUCAGCAACACCCAGCAGUCUUAGCAGGGACCAUUGUCCUUCAGGGAUGGUUCCCCAAACAGAGACUGUCUUCUCGGGAUGAGUUUUAAAGUAUAAUUUCACAGUUCACCAUGGGGGGCGAGGGGUGGGAAUGUGAAAUUAAUUGUACUGUAACUACAAAAAGAUAGGACUUGGUUUAAAGUGCCCUAUUUUGUAAAUCAUUCCAUUUGAAACUUUUUAAUGAAUCUUACUAUACUGAAAUCUGUUGUUUUAGUGAGACUCUAAAAUGAGCAGAAAUAGACUUUUUAGAGUAGAGUGAAUAUUAAAAGCAUCUAUAAUUUUCCAGGAGCUAUAAAUCAAGGUUUUAAAAAGAUGUUUGGACAUAUUUGAGUAUUCCGAUCAUGAAAAUAGAAAUUGCUAUGCUAACUGAAAGGACAGACUGAUGGGAAAUUGUACAACUGGAGGACUUAACCUUUAAGCAGACAGCGCUGUAAAAACUAAUGGCUUCUUUGAUAUUUAUUGUAAGUUUUAGUAUUGAUCUUUUUUUCCAAAGCUUGCACACUCCUUUGUUUGGAACUGUAAUAGCUUUGCAACAGAAAUCCAAUAGUUUCCUGUAAUUUAAGUGAAGAAAAACAUCCAAAUAAAGGCUUUAAAUAUUAACAGGCCAGGUAGCACAAAAAUCAUGUAACUGUUAUGAUUAUCAAAACAUGUCUUAACUUUUUAGGGCAAAUUAUACACUAAAAGUUCUAGCAUAAGUGUUGGCACUUGUGUGGAAAAAAAUCAGACUUCAGUGUAUACCCAAUAAUUUUAAAUUAUGUGAGAUGUUUUAAAUUUGUGAACUCGUAAUUACUGUUUUGAUGAUUCAGUUUCUUGAGAAUGGUAAUUGUAUAAAAUUGCUAUUGCCGCUUUAUUUCAGUAUCAUGUGCCUGUAAACCAUGGAUUUUUCUCCCUUUGUAUAAAGACAUUGUAGAUAAUUGAAUGUUUGAUUAUAGAAAGGUCAUUAGUUUAUCGUUACACAUUUUGUUAGUCUGGUUUUUGUUGCUUAUCGGGUUUAAUAUUGUUCUUGAAAAUAGUUGAUGCAAUGUUAUGUAUAACUUUUCUAAUAAAAGUUGUGUUAUAAGCUGUAAA